CAUAACGCCAACGCGUCGACUGCGCAGCUGACGACGCAGCGAGCACAGUUUUGUUAUCGUUGUAAUCAGCACACACGAAAAAUAAAACAAGCCACCUAAAACAGUUGCUCCGAAUAGCAGACGAGACAAAAACAAUUAAGCGAUUAGCUUAACAAUUACACUGCCAACAAGUAAAGCAAAAUCAAUCCGCUUUUUUCCGCAGCCCUGGCAACAGAAUUAGCCAAAACAAAAGACAAAGCUGAAACGAAAUAAAAAACACAACGUCAUUUGGUCAGCGACUGCGGCAGUGACAGCGGGCAGAAGCAGCGCGGCGCUCAAGGCGGAAGGACGGAAGGAGUUAAUGCUAGUUAGCCUGUACGCACAGCUACAACGCGGCAUGGACAGCGUAUUCGAGGCGUACCUCGGCCCGGACGGCGUUUUAGCUGGCGCUGUGGGCGAGAUCGAGGAUAUACCGAAACGCAAUACAAAUGUUUGGCUUCUGGGCAAGCGCUACAAUGCCAUACAAGAACUGGAGCCAAUCAGACGUGAUAUUCAGUCCCGCCUGUGGUGCACGUAUCGUCACGGAUUUGUGCCGCUCGGCGAGGUGCAGCUGACCACCGACAAGGGCUGGGGCUGCAUGCUGCGCUGCGGCCAAAUGGUGCUCGCCCAAGCCUUAAUCGAUCUGCAUCUGGGUCGGGACUGGUUCUGGACGCCCGACUGCCGAGAUGCCACCUACCUGAAGAUCGUCAAUCGAUUCGAGGAUACGCGCAAGAGUUACUACUCAAUACAUCAAAUUGCCUUAAUGGGCGAGUCGCAAAACAAAGCUGUGGGCGAGUGGCUCGGACCCAAUACAGUUGCCCAAAUACUCAAAAUCCUUGUGCGCUUCGACGACUGGAGCUCGCUGGCCGUGCACGUGGCCAUGGACAGCACCGUCGUCCUAGAUGACAUAUACACCUGUUGCCAGGAGUCCAGUGAGUCGACGUGGAAGCCAUUGCUGCUGAUUGUGCCGCUGCGGCUGGGCAUCACCGAUAUUAAUCCCAUUUAUAUACCUGCCCUGAAGCGCUGCUUGGAGCUGAGCAGCAGCUGUGGCAUGAUUGGCGGCCGGCCCAAUCAGGCGCUCUACUUUCUGGGCUAUGUGGACGACGAGGUGUUAUAUCUGGAUCCGCAUACGACGCAGCGAGCCGGUGCUGUGGCACAAAAGACAACGGCGGCCGAGCGAGAGCUGGACGAGAGCUAUCAUCAAAAGUAUGCGGCACGCUUGAGCUUUGGCGCCAUGGAUCCCUCGCUGGCCGUUUGCUUUCUGUGCAAGACGCGCGACAGCUUCGAGGAGCUGCUGCAGCAGCUGCGCCAGGACGUGCUCACCCUGUGCACGCCGGCGCUAUUCGAGAUAAGUCAAUCGCGUGCCGUCGACUGGGAUACGGCGGAUGACAUCGAAUGGCCGGCCAUGCCGGACAUUGAUUGGCCCGCCAGCAGCGACUCGGAGCCGUUCGCCUUAGUGGGCAACAGCAGCGACGUCGACAGCAAAGCCCGAGAGAGAGGCGGCGACUGAGAGAGAGCGCCACAGAGAGCAGCGACUGCGCCCUGCUCAACGUAUAUAUAUGUAUAUACAUUUAUAUGCAAUAUAUAUAUAUAUAGUUAAACCUGUACGAAAUUGGAGCAACUGCUCAGCUGUGCAGCUCAAGCGGAUGCUGCGGCUGACUGAAUGGCUAUAAACUAUAAGAAAUCUAGUGUUAAGUUUUUUAGUUUGUUUACGAUUGAAAACACAUAUAUAAGUGAAUAUAUAUAUUCAUGUAUAUAUAUUGCACAUAUAUAUAUAUAUUUCAUAUGCUGCUUUAUUGUACGUUUCAUUGACUCCACGGGAGACAAUUUAAUACACACACACACACAUAUACACCUACAACACACACAAACAAACGCCAUGUUUAUGCUUUCUGUAACAAUGAAAUGAAUACAAACUACCUUAUUAAUUGAUUAAAAUACCAUUUUUUAUAUGGAAUUUCAAAAGUA